AUCGGAAGACAUUGCUGUCAGUUGCAUUGCAUUGCCCUAGUUAAUAUUUUGAAAAUUUUCGAAAUUCCAAUGAUGUAAACGUUUGACGAUAAAUGAAAAGCUAGUAGCUUGCAUUUUUCAGGAAUCUAUCUUUCCGUGCAGGAAUAUUUUGCCUGAAGUGUGUUCUGGGAGCAGUUACUUGAAACGAUCAAAAUGGUAUAAACCCACCCUGUCAAAAAAAAUCUGAAGUGUAUUUAAAUUUCUCUUUUCAUCUGUUUUACCAUAACUAUCCAAUGAUAAGAGUUCGAAAUCUUCUGGCUAUUUAAAAUAGUGUUGUGCAUACUAACUCCGUCAAGUGAUGGUGAACUUAUUUUUUUUAAAAAAGAGAAGCUUCAUUAACGGUUAGCCUUUGGACACUGCCGUUGUGUCUGAAGGUGUGUGUGUGGAAUUGGAAACAGCAGGCUGCAGCUUAGUGGGUUCUGUGAAGUGGGUGCAUGCGUACAAGCUGCUCACUGAAGCGCCGCACGUAGAUCGGAACAUGAGCUUCAUUCACUCGCUACCCAGUACUUCAAUCCAGCUGGGAGCUGGAGUAGCUCUUUCUGCUCCUCGGAACAACGACAGUCCCUUCCUGUCUGCUGUGCACCCUUUGACGGAUUUCGGCAGCUUUGAAACUACUGCGAUACUCCUGCAUUCCUCCUUCAGUGUUUGUCAAUCGAUAAGUCAUUUAAACCAAGACCUACGGCCACAGAACAUUCUUCGAGGACUGAGGGUAUUUGUGGAGGAAAUGCCCAAGGGAUAGACCCAGUAAAGGGAUGGAAUUAACCUCGUGUGAAAAGUUUGCCUCCGAAGAAACGGGUCUGUGGUGUAGGGGAAAGGCAUAAUUUGCUUUCUGAAUAUAAUUAGAAUAUCAGGAAAUUGGAUUAUGGACCUGAUGUAUGAAUCUAAAUAGGUAUCGAGCAUUAAGCUACUGGAUACAGGCUCAGUUCGCUUGAUUCCAAAAGCGUGGUUUCCUUGAUUUACUUGACAACCGCUCCGGAGUGAUCUGUGCUGGUCUGGAUACGGUCAGCUUUGUUAACUGCUCUCAAUACAAGAGGAGGUACUCCGGAUAAAUCGACACCGAGAGAAUGGUGCUGGAAAGACAGUUUUUCUUCAUGUUCAAAGAUUUUAAUGAGUGGCGGAGACGCUGAAGGGUCAUUGACCGUGACCCGUGCAUGGGACCACCAUGUCCCAGUUGCCAGACGAUGUUGAUCUGGUCGAUCAUUGUUCUCACUGGAGGGAUCGCGUCUAUACAAAAGGCGCAAGGGUCCAGAUCAUCAGAGAAUCAACUGCAGAACUAUGCCGUCAAUACACAUAGAGAUGGCAUGUCCAGUGACAAUAAUGAGUUCCAGAACACUAUACCACAUCACAAGUCUGGAAAGCAAUGUGGAGUUUGGGUUCGGAAUGACAAUGGCGGAUAUUUUGCUUCACCGAAUUACCCAAAUGCUUACCCUCCCAACAGAGAAUGUAUCUACAUACUGGAAGCGGCCCCACGCCAGCGAAUUGAACUCACUUUUGAUGAACCUUAUAGCAUUGAACCUUCAUGGGAUUGUCGAUUUGACCACUUGGAAGUCAGAGAUGGACCAUUUGGAUUCUCUCGUGUGAUAAACCGUUACUGUGGUCAAAAAAGACCAUCGCUCAUUAAAUCAUCUGGAAGGUUCUUAUGGAUAAAAUUUACCUCGGAUGAGGAGUUAGAAGGUUUUGGAUUUCGAGCAAAAUACUCAUUUGUACCAGAUCCUGACUUUAUCUAUCUUGGUGGAAUCUUGAACCCAAUUCCAGAUUGUCAGUUUGAACUAUCAGGGCCUGACGGCAUUAUUCACUCCAGUCAAGUGGAACAAGAGGAGAAAAUAAAACCAGGUGAAGCAAUUGACUGCAUCUGGACAAUAAAAGCCCCACCCAAAGCAAAAAUUUAUUUACGCUUUCUGGACUAUCAAAUGGAUCACUCUAAUGAAUGCAAGAGGAAUUUUGUUGCUGUGUAUGAUGGAAGCAGUGCUAUUGAAAACCUAAAGGCAAAGUUUUGUAGCACAGUAGCUAAUGAUGUCAUGCUACAGACUGGAGUUGGAGUGAUUCGUAUGUGGGCUGAUGAGGGCAGCAAGCUCAGCAGAUUCCGAAUGCUUUUUACUUCAUUUGUGGAUCCUCCCUGCCAGGACAACACAUUCUUUUGCCACAGCGACAUGUGCAUCAACAAUUCUUUGGUCUGUAAUGGAGUCCAGAACUGUGUGUACCCAUGGGAUGAAAACCAUUGUAAAGAAAAGAAGAAGUCUGGUCUCUUUCACCAGAUUACCAAAACCCAUGGAACAAUCAUUGGUAUUUCAUCAGGAAUUGUUUUAGUUCUUCUUGUCAUUUCUGUACUCGUACAAGUAAAACAACCUCGCAAAAAGGUUUUGGCUCGCAAAGCAGCAUUCAACAAAUCAGGAUUUCAAGAAGUAUUUGAUCCACCUCAUUAUGAACUGUUUUCCCUAAGAGACAAAGAAAUAACAGCAGAUUUGGCUGAUUUGUCUGAAGAUUUUGAAAACUACCAUAAACUCAGGCGCUCCUCAUCCAAUGCCUCCAGAUGCAUCCAUGAUCAUCACUGCGGCUCACAACCUCCAAGCAUAAAGCACAGCAGGACUAAUCUAAGCACAAUGGAUCUUCCAUUUCGGAAUGAUUUCUCUCAGCCACAGCCAAUGAAAACAUUUAAUAGCACCUUCAAGAAAAGCUGCUAUACUUUGAAGCACUCACAAGACAGUCCAGAACGGGUCAUAGAAGACAGAGUGAUGGAGGAGAUUCCUCCUGAAAUCUAUGUACGUGGCAGAAAUGACACUGUGCAACGUUCAAUGUCCAUUGACUUCUGAAGUGGAACUGCUGUGCUGUUACUGAGCAUUACCUUUUGAUCUCUUUCUCUUGCAGAAACUGUACUGGCAAUUUAGCAUUUCUUUUGGCAUUUUAAUAUAUCCUGAUAAUCAGCUCAAUAGCAACACAUGUGGAACUGGGGUCAGUUUUCCUUGACCCCUUGGAUUGACUAUUUCUGUGAGACAAACUGUUGAUGACAGUUCUUAAUAACAGGCUUUGUGUUCUGAAAUUUGUGAAUAUUUUAUCCAUUGAUAAUUACUUACUGUAAAUAUACUAAUGAUAUAAUUCUUUGGUUUCCUGCUCUUAUCACUUUAAUUGUUCUAAUCCAUUGGAAAGAAACCUCUUAGCUGAAAUAUAAAAGAUGAGAAACAGCACCAGAUUUACAUCUGAAGUACUUUCAAACAUCUUUUCUUUUAAUUAUAGUAUUAAUUUUUAGACUCUGCUAGGCAAUGGUUUUGAAUGACAUUUCUACGUGUUAUGGCCUUUUUUUUACAUAUUAAUUUAACACAUUUUAAUUCAUGUCAUCAAUAUGAAUAAAGUUACUAUUAGUGAACUCACAGAAUUAUGUAUUUGCUAGUUCAAAUAAAAAGCUUCUUGAGAUG